GGAAUUACCGCGAUCUUCAAUAAAAAACGAGGGAAAAAAAAACAUCGAAGGCAAAAACAAGAGUGUUGGGAAAGCGAGAGGACGAAAAAGAAAAGGAAAAAAAAAAAAAAAAAGGCAUCAGCAUCUCAAUCUCUAUCUCUUCUCUGUACCAUCCAUCAAUCCAGCGUCGUCUCCACUCCUCGUUUGUCCGUGCGACCACCUCCUUCCCACAUCGACAUUCUCCUGCGCGCUUUCUUUUGCCGCAUCUCUCUCGCUGUCAACGCCAAGAAAAAAGGAAGAAAAUCGUGAAAUAGCCGAACGGGAACGUGCCCACAUCACCACCACCACGGUUUCUGAUCUUUACCGUUGAUGUGUAACUACAGUGCAGUUGAUCCCUCCUCCUAGUUUCUUGGGUCGUUUUGGAUUUUUUUUUUUCGGAGGCUUUCUUGGGAUUUCCCGGCUUUUGGCGCCUGGGUUUGGGCGGGGAAAAAGAUAAAAAAGAUGCGGUGAAAAUGGCGGAGGGGCGGCAGAGGAGAAGCGAGAGGAUAUCUGCCUUGGACACGUGGAGAUUCACUGAGUUGACACGAGCCAGCGGCGCCCCCAGGGGGAGGCGGGGGCCCUCCUCGUCCUACUCCUCUCCCGUCCCGCUAGCCACGGUCCGUGGCCGGAAACGAGGUCGAAAGAAGCGGCGGUUGAAGGCGGUCGUGGAGGUCGUCGAUUGCUUCCCAAGCAGCAAUCGCCAAGCCGGAAGCGGGAGCAACGACGACGACGGCAAUGGCAGUGACGAAGAUGAUCGCCUUCGCUGCCUAGAACAGAAAGAAGGGUGCGGGAAAGAGGAGGUCAAGCACGUAGAAAAGGAAGCACAAGCUUUAAAUCAAGAUGAUGAUUUGGGUGGUACUGACCGACAACCAAGGUGCUCAUCAGUGCCUUGGAUUCCUGAUAAUAGAACACUUGAGCUUAUCCUUGAUAUAUUGCAGAAGAAAGAUAUACAUGAAAUAUUUGCUGAACCAGUUGACGCUGAGGAGGUGGAAGGAUACUAUGAAAUAAUUAAAGAACCAAUGGAUUUUGCAACUAUGAGGGCAAAACUCCAGGAAGGAAUGUAUGCAACUUUGGAGCAAUUUGAGAGGGAUGUUUUUCUGAUAUUCAGCAACGCCAUGAACUUCAAUUCCACAAGUACCAUAUACUACAGACAGGCUCGUGCUAUCCAAGAAUUAGCAAAGAAGACCUUACAUAGGCUGAAAACUGAUCCUGAGAACUUUGUAUUGGAUCAUGUUACAAGAAAAACCAAAUUCGGUGACAACUUAAAGGAGGCUUCAAGAGUUGCUGGAAAUGCAAAGGGCCAAGUUGAAUCUAGAAGCUCAGAUGGCUCAGCAUCCACUAAUAAAAGACAGAGGAAUUCUGUUCCUGAUGUCACAAACGAGAAACCUGGUUUGAUUUCAGGAAGAAACCACCAACGCACUUUCGUAGUUCAUGGUUCAAGUCCUCCAGCUGAUUGUAAAAGAGAUCGGGAUGAAGGUGUUUUAGGAUGUCUAAAGAAUGGUUGGAGACCUUUCUCUGAGGAAGAACGCCGUUCAACAUAUAAAUCUUCAAACCCUUCUUCCUGCGGAAGUGAUCAAAUGCUUUCACCUCUAUGUGGAGGCUUGAGGGAACUUGCUUAUGUUAACCAAGGGGAUUUUGGGUAUGUGGAAAGUCUUGCCCAUUUCGCUGCCAAACUAGGACCUACUGCACUAAUGGUGGCUCAACGCAAAAUAGAGAGGUGCAAGCUGGUGGAAGCAGCAAAUGCCUUCGUUUCCUCUCCAGCAGCAACAGGAUUGAAAGUUUCAUGGGGUAAUACGAGGAAUACUUGUACUACAUCAAUCAGUGAUUCUGCUACUGCCAUGAACAUCACUGCUGAUAAGGCUCCAUGGGGUCGACCUGGUUCCGCUGCCCAUGCUAGUGUAGUUGGAUUACCAGACUCACAUAUUGCUGUUGAUAGACCAUUGUCCUUGCAUUCAACAACUCAGCCUGAUUCUAGUCGCUUGGUGGCAUCUCGAUCUGAACGGCCUCCAUUUGUUAAUCAAUCAAAGCUUCUUGAGAUUGUAUCGGGAAAUGGUAAUGCUUGUGUUUCUGGAAAUGAGGGAGCUGAUAGAGAUGCAAGAUGCCUGGCGUAUUGCCAUGACAAGGCUCCUGCACGGUCUGUACUGGCCAACUGCAGUUCAAGGACAACGUUGGCUGGAGGACCAAGUCAAGUGUUCAGCUCAACAAGGAAUGGUUUAUGGCCUCAGUCGCAGCCUCCAUCUCUUUCUCAGGAGUAUAAGCAGCCUGCGGUCAUUGACAUGUCUUUUGUUCAGGCUCGCUUGGGUGGUCUGAGUUCAUGCCCUGAUCAGCAGUGGCGAGGGCCUAAACCGUUGGAGCUUCAUGUUGAGAUGCCAGCGCCAAACACAGCUGAUGCGUGGAAACUGGCUCCGAGACUAAGAAACCAAGCUGGGCCGCCAUUACAACCCAGUUCAGAUAGUCAUCAGCCGGACUUGGCACUUCAACUUUGAUCAUCAUUUCCUUCUGCAGAAUAUUGUCUUCAUUCUCUUCCAGUGUACAGUUAAGCAUAUUUUAAAGCUGAAAUUUCACCGCCU